AUGGCGGCUGCGGUCGCUCCGGUCGAGCUCCCCACGGGACGACGCUCCUAUUACAACACUUCGACACCGGUUGACAUUCACGACCCGAAUUGGAUCCCCGUGCUGGACAGCGCAGCCUACAAACCGCCCUUGUCCCCGACAGAGAAAGAGGUAUCAACCUACUCUCAGCCGCCCGCCUCCUUCUCCCUCUUCCCCUCCCAAGCCAGCUCUCCAAAGCCGCGCCCGGCCAUCUCUCACAGCUACUCCAAGAGCUCUCUAGCUCCUGAGAGCCUUGCAUCGGAUUCAGACUCGAGGUCGCAGAGCCCGCAGGACAGCAUCGAGCCAUUGCCCAGCAUUGGAGGCCCCGUACAAGCUUCUCAGGAUGGCACGAGGGGACAUAACCGGCAGACCACGUCCACCACGGCAGCGUCAAGCGAAGAGAAGAUAUCAGUGAAUACUGAGAGUCCGGGAGAUGGGGUAGGCAGCUCACCCAACAGCGAAGAGCACGAGACUGCAAGUGUGAUGGAGGAGCGGGAAUUGAGUCAGCCAGGACGACCCCCGGAACCGAUGGGAGAGCCCCUCGUGAACCCGUCCACCCGGUCGUCGAUGAUUUCCGCAAUGACAAAGAAGACUUCAGUCCUCCCGCCGACAUCCAAGUACAACCGCAAGCAUGUGGCUUCCGUCGCUACUACUGCUGGCCUGCCGUUAGUUCCCAGCCUGCCUCAAACACCCCGGGAAUCGCCCCGGCUAGCACCAACGGUACCUACAACAACGCCUGUGGCUCAACCUUUGCCAUCACCGAAGCUGCCGGCCUCCGAAGGGCCCCGACAAACAGAGCCUUCGCAGAAGCUCCAACCUACCAAGUCUACAGCUUCCGAGCGGCGACAACGGGCCCUCCAUUCACACCCGUCCAACGUCUCGUUACGGUCACAGAGGAACUCGAGCUCGGAUGACGCCGAGAUCAUCCCACGACCUCCAUCUGUACGCAAUAAAUCCAGAAAAUCGACCGACUCGCGCGCAACGACCCCUAGAUCCACCAUCUACGAUUCACAGGUUCCGACACCGGCACCGACAACGCCACUGCCCCAAUUACCUCCUGGAGCACAGAUUCGACGGCCGUCUACACGCGAAGGAAAUUCGCAGAAGACGCUGCAGGCGCCGAUUGAAGAACCAGUGCCUUCGGCGGCUUCUCCUUUUCGACCAUUCGAACACGCCGAGAUGGCUUCGUUUAUGACCGAGAAGAAUACGAUUAUAUGCCGACGGUUUGAUGCCGUGCACGUAAGAUUACUGCUGUGCCUGCAAGACGAGAUCUCGCAGUUAGAGAAGGAGCUUCUGAAGCUGGAAAGCUCCAACUCGCCGGGCACUGCGUCAGAGAAGAUGAUGCAAAAGACCCGGAUUCUGCGAGAGCUGCGGAAAGUGGUUGCAGAAUAUGAUCACCUGUUCACCACGUGGAGCAAGAUGCAAGCCAGCAAAGUCAGCGACUCGACGACCAAGGAGCUGAAGGAAUGGCUCGCAAAGCCGGGUACGAGUAUCGAGGCCGGUCUGGGCAUCAACACGCAACAGGACCUGCAGUGGCUUGAGAACACGAAGGACCUCAGCAGUAUUCAGCUUGGCGACAAUGAGGCAGAGCCUGCUGUAGACAAGGAAAAGGGCAGCCAAGGGGCCGAAGAAGGAGGAGGAGGAGGUGGUGGUGGCGGCGGCGGUAGUAGUGGUGGAGGAGGCGGAUUCAUGGCAUUGUUUGGAUGUGGAGGCAAAAGGAAGUAA